UCCAGGGGUCUAGUGAUGGAAGCUUUGAAUCUUCUGGCUGAGAACAAGCAAUUUGUGAUACCCCCAGACAUGAUUUCAGGGCUGGUGUCCAAAGGUUUUUCCAAUCAUCUCAUCCAGGCAUCUAAAGGUGUUUUCCUGGAGUUUAUGCCCCCCGCGUCACUGGUGGACCUACUGUGUAAUAAGCCAGACCUGGCCCUCCCUAAUUACACCCUCCUUCAGGCCGUCCUACCAGAACUAGACGUCCCUCACCUGGAGACCCUGGCUCAGGUGUUUGACCCCUCACGGAAUCCCCUCAGGAACCAUCUGUGUAGACACCUGGGCUCCAGGCACAGGACGGCCAGUAUUAGCUCUGUGUCCAGUGACGGAGAACCAGGAGGAAUGGAGGGAGGAAUGACUGAUAUGAGUAGACUGGUUGAGGUCUUUAUUUGGAUUAUAAUCCAUCUGAACAGGAGGAGGGAGGACAAUGGCUACAUUCCCUCUGUACAGGAGUUGAUGUCCAUCAGCACAACAGAAGCCAAACAACGGUGUCAAAGUCAAGCUCAUACAAGUCAGCCAGUGCCCAGAAGGAAGCGUUUAUCCUAUCAGCCCCGUCCUAUAGGGGCAGGCCCUCAGCAUGUAGCCCUGGUCAGAAACGGGGACCUUUAUACCUGGGGUAAAACUUCACAGGGGAGGUUAGGUCACGGAGACUUAGCUCUAGAGAACACAGUGUCACCUCCCUGCAGAGUGGAGACCCUUCAUAUGCUUCACAUCAAAGUAUUAUCUGUCUCCUGUGGAGGGGAGCAUACAAUCGCCCUCACCCAACAAGGGGUUUAUGGGUGGGGCUCCUCCAAGUACGGGCAGGUAGGAACAGGAACCACCCACAUCUAUAGCCGCCCGAUGUUGAUUGAAGCCCUAUCAGGGGUCAGCUGUGUGGAUGUAGUGUGUGGACAGUAUCACAAUCUAGCCCUCACAGUGGAGGGGGA